CUCUAGUACCGACCUACACGGCGCGGACGGAGGGGUGCUGGGAAGCGCAGUAUACUAUCUAAAUACUUAUCUAUCAAUCUGUCUGGUGGUUCUAGUUUCCACAACUCGUCCCAAGGUUUCAUGAAUCUAUUUCAGGUCCUCCGCAACAUUCUACAAGAUUUUCGACCCUCUACUCUUUGUCUUCAUUCGCAGUCUCCACCGACGAGUAGUUUAUUUUACCGCGUGCUGUAGUAUAGUAACGGUAGAAGAGCCCUUGCAGUUCUGUCACCGAAAUAAAAGAGAUAGGACGCGUCCUGCUAGGGCGGCAGAAAAAAAGAUGUCGCUGCAGUCCGCUUCCACCUACAUACACCUGCACGACAGGACGGGGGUGAAAACAGGUACAGUUUAUCGCAUUGUAAUCAUGCAUUACAAAUCUUCUUCAUUUUCUUGACUGUAAGUGCGCAUUACAAAUUGUAUUUCCCAAGCUUAGGAAAUUUGUAAUGCGUUUAUAUAUACGAUGAAUUCGAAUACGAUAUUUAUAUUUUUGCAAUUCAUACUUCAGGUCAAACCCUCCCCGCGCAACCGGUGAAAUACAUCGACCGUAAUGACCAGCUUCUGGCGUGGCGCGAACAGCUGUACAAAGAGAAGAAGGGGAAAAAGUCCUGGUAUUACAAGCACCAGGGGAACCUGUUGAAUGAUUUGCAAGCGAAAAAGCAAUCCUACGCCGAGUUUCACGCCUACAGAAACACGCCUUUCAGCAACGUGGGGACGGUGGAAGAUUUGAAGAAUAGCAGGAGAGCAAGGAGCGUACCACCCUCCGCCGCUGUGAAGGCCGCGUAAGGAUGAAAACGGUGCAAUUAUAGUUGAAUAGUUUAGAAUUAGAAUGAAGAUAAUCAAAACACCAGCAACGCUUUGUUUUCUGAAAUUGAAACUGUACUGUGCUUGCUUUGUGGUCUCCGAAUCCGUUGUACAAAAAUUUUUCGUUCCACUUUUGAUGCAUUGCGUCAUUGGGGUAGUAAGUUGUUUCAUCUGUUGGCAAGAAAGAGCGGCGACGAAGAUGAACAUUUUGAGCUUUUCUUGACAGAACAAAUGUAAAAAAAUAUUUUAUGAAGUGGAUGUGGAGUAAUUCUUGUACUAAAGAAGUGGCGGCUGUGUGGUCCGCAGUUUUUUUAUUUUGCGCGGUUUCUUGACCGUCAGUGAGUUUAAUCGCGCUGCGCUCUGGUCGAAGAU